AUGAAGGACCGUGAAGAAGAAGGGCGCCAAUCACUUGCAACACUACGACGGAAGCCUAUUAAUCACCCAUCAAUCGAGACCGAGUUCCUCGAAAUCAAAGCAUCCGUUAUUCUUGAAAAUACGUUCGCUAAGGAAAAGUUUGCAAAUAUGUCCGGGGUCAAAUUGCAUGCUGCACAAGUAGGUUCCCGGCAGUAUCAAAUCAUAAACUCUCCAUUUCAUGCUAACGUUCCGUACAGUACUACUCACUUCUUAGCACUUGGUCUAGGUUCAGGCGACUUGCAAUUGGAUGUUCCAUUAUGUUUUUCCAACAGUUCAUGGGAUGCAAUGGUACGCUUUCUUCUAUUUACGACCACUGGCCAACUAAACUUGAUAUUAAUGGGGCUUCACAGCUAUGAUUUACUAUGCUCCAACUGUUUUCAAGCAAUUAGGAUUGGAUGGGAAUACGGUAUGUGCAAUUCUAUUUCGUGA